GAGGGGGAAGGAAAGCUAUCUCCCUCUCUCCCUCCCCCUCUGGGGUUACAACCUUCACAGAGACAGGACGAUGGACGGACUCUGUCGGCUAGUAAUGUCCAGCGGGGCUGGCUCGCAGGCAGCCCGCACUCUAGCCAUGGAGUCUCCCAAAAUCUGCCAGGGAGGGUCUUGCAAUAAGCAGAAUUUUUCUCCCAACGCUUUGCCGCCUUCUGAAAAGACGGUUGUGUGCAAAACUAAACGGGAAUUCCAGGCUGAUUUCUUCCUAUUUCAGGAUGCUAUUCGGACUCUGAAUACCCUCCAGACCAAUGCCAGCUACCUGGAACAGGUGAAGCGAGAGCGGGGAGACCCCCAGCUCCAGUUGCAGGCCAUGGCUGGGUUUUUGGAACGGACCGGCUUGAAGGUUGAAGACCUGGAUCAACUCAACGUCAUUCAUGUUACUGGGACAAAGGGCAAGGGUUCGGCCUGCGCCUUCACGGAACGCAUUCUGCGCAACUACAAUUUGAAGACUGGCUUUUACAGUUCACCUCAUCUGGUUCAAGUCCGCGAGAGGAUUCGGAUUAACGGUCAGCCAAUCAGCCAAGAGCUUUUUAGCAAAUACUUCUGGCAGGUGUAUAACCGCUUGGAGGAGACCAAGGACUCCCAUCACGCUUCCAUGCCUGCCUACUUCCGGUUCCUUACGAUCAUGGCUUUCCAUGUCUUCCUGCAGGAGAAGGUUGACUUGGCGGUUAUAGAAGUUGGCAUCGGGGGCGCCUACGAUUGCACAAACAUUGUCAGGAAGCCAAUAGUGUGUGGGGUCUCCUCCUUGGGCAUUGAUCACACCAGCAUCUUGGGAGACACCAUCGAGAAGAUAGCUUGGCAGAAAGGCGGCAUAUUCAAGCCCGGUGUGCCAGCAUUCACAGUACCGCAACCGGAGAGGCCGUUAGAAGUCUUGAAACAGAGAGCUGAAGAAUGCCAGUGCCCCCUUUUUCUCUGCCCUGACCUGGAUGCCUUCGAAGACGAUGGCAAGCUCCUUCAACUCGGUUUAGCCGGCGACCAUCAACGAUCCAAUGCAGCGUUAGCCCUUCAGCUGUCCCGCUCGUGGCUGGGCCGUUGUGGGUAUCUGGAUGCCGGUGAGCUGAAGGACCCGUGGCGAACCCCUGAAGCUCCAUCAAAGAGGGUUCCCAGCUUGGCUCCUGCUUUUAAGCUGGACCAGCCCAUGGUACAAGGCCUGCAAGCAGCCGUGUGGCUCGGGCGCAAUCAGGUGCUUCACCACGGUCCAGUAACGUGGUAUAUCGACGGGGCCCACACCACCAGCAGUAUGCAGGCCUGCGUCCGCUGGUUUCGCCAAGCAGCCCUGAAUGAAGACAAACCUACAGACGGCUCCGAAGUCCGAGUGCUGCUCUUCAACGUAACGGGGGAUCGGGAUACGGCGGCUUUGCUGAAACUUUUGCUGCCCUGCCAUUUUGACUACGCGGUUUUCUGCCCCAACUACACCGAGGUGUCAACGGUGGGAAACGCAGAUCAGCAGAAUUUCAACGUCACCUUGGAGAACGUCCUGACCCGCUGCCUUCAGAACCAGAACCACUGGAAUCGGCUGAUGGAGGCCAAGUUGACGCAGGACCCUUGGUUCCCCGUCUUGCCCGAGGUGGGGGGCUGGCUGAAGCAACCCCUGCUUCACAGCCCCCCGAUCUUCACUGCCUCCUCCGCCCGCCCACUCAAUUCCAACUCCUUGGUUUUCCCGUGCAUCUCGCAUGCUUUGCAAUGGAUCACCCAAGGCCGGGACCCAAAUUUGUCGGCGCUGGUACCCCAGGGACUCCACCAGCACCCCGUGGCCAGCAGUGGGGCCGUUCUGCUCAAGGAAGCCGUGGCCAUUCGUGUCCUCGUGACGGGCAGUCUGCACCUGGUCGGGGGCGUCUUGAAGCUGCUGGACCCUAACCUUUCUCAGUAGGCCCAUGGGACACCACCUUCUGCCAACGUGGAUAGGACGGCAGAGACUUAGACGUCUCGCUCCUAUUCGUGGCUUGGCACCACGAGGCAUGUCCAGCCACACCAUUCCUGGGAGAUCCGGGUUGAAUCCUCGACCGAAGCAAACGGAACUCCGGACAACUGUGGUUGGUGGCCAUCUGCAUGAUGGUUGAACGUUGAUGGUUGAACCACUUGAGGCCGGCUGCUCCACAAGCUUGGAGACAUGGUCCUUCUUCUCGUAACCAAGUGGGGACCUCCUUGUUGGGAUCAACCAUCUCCUCCAGCCUCGAGCAAUGGACAGGAUGCUUCCACACCUGAUGUUCCUCAGCACAAUUGAGGCACGAUACAAGCCACCACGCCUCCGAGACUCCCACGUGCCUUCUCAUCUCCCUCAUUCGCCGCGUCCCGUCGACGUCCCUCUCCAUUUUCCAUCCCCGUCUUUAUCACUCGCUGCCUUGAUCCGUUGGGCUACCUUUUGCGGGACGCUGCUAUUCACUUGUCACAAACGGUCCCCUCUUUGAGCUCCCCGUCUCUACUUCUGGACCUCGUUUUGGGGUGGUGGACAUCCAAAGGGACCAGUCAUAUAGGGUACGAUGCUUCUGCAUGCUUGAUGCCCGCCACAGACGGGAGUCCAAAAGAGCAGGCUCAGCCCCACCCACAGUAGGGCAUAGACAGGCUUUGAGGGUGGGCUGAUUCCCCCUUGAGAUCUAAGUGCCUUUUUUGGGGGGGAGAGAAAUAAUCACUGUGUUCUUCCAAUGAGCUGCCAAAGCUCUCUUUGAUAUCUCAAUAACUUGGGUAGCGGUUGGCAACCUUAAACACAAAGGUCCUAAUCGGAAGCUCUCCGUUCAAUUCUGGAGCCGACAGAAAUCCAGUCCC